CCGCGGCGGCGCAUGCGCGGCGGGGCCCGGGGCCUGAGCGGGCCGCGCGGAGCCUGCGGGCGGUGGGCGCCGCCGCCGCCGCCAUGUUCCGGUAUCAGUCCCUGGAGGACUGCCCGUUGGAUGAGGAUGAAGAUGCUUUCCAGGCCCUGGGGGAGGAAGAUGAAGAUAUCGACCAGUUCAACGAUGAUACGUUUGGAGCCGGGGCUGUCGAUGACGACUGGCAGGAGGCGCACGAACGGCUGGCGGAGCUGGAGGACAAACCGGUGGCAAGCAGGGAGCAAGAUGGACCCGGUGGUGAGGAAGCGGACCUGCUGGGCGAGCCCGAGGACACGCUGGCGGAGCGGCUGACCAGGCUGGUCAUCGACAGCGAGCUGGAGGACCCCGCCAUCAUGCAGGCCGUACAGACCCGGGCCCCUGCGCAGCAGCCUGGAGGGUUGAACUCCAGUAUCUGGGACAGUACGGCCGUCCUGCGGCGCAUCCGGGGGCCGCUUCUCACUCAGGAGAUGCCAUCAGUGUCCGUGCUGGACUACGCUUUGCCUCAGAGACCCCCUCAGGCUCGAGAGGAAGAGCGAGACCCCUCUGAGCGGGCGCUGCCCCGGCGUUCGUCGUCCCCUGUCAUCGGGAGCCCCCCCGUGCGGGCUGUCCCCAUCGGCACCCCUCCCAAGCAGGCUGCCGUGCCCAACUUCAACCAGCAGAUCCUCUGUCCGAAGCCUGUCCACAUCCGAGCUACCAUGCAGCAGCGCUACCCGGCUCCUUACGGCGAGAGGAUGUCCCCCAACCAGCUCUGCAACGUCCCGAAUUCCUCCCUCCUGGGCCACCCGUUUCCUCACAGCGUGUCUCCCGUCCUCACCCACCUGCAGAGAGCGCAGCUGCUCGGAGGAGCCCAGGCCGGCCGAAUGUCCCCCAGCCAGUUUGCCCGGGUCUCAGGCCUGGUUGGGAGCCCCCUCCCCUCUGUCAAUCCCAAGCUGCUCCAGGGCAGAGUCGGGCAGAUGAUGUCUCCGGCCAGUGGGUUUCGUGCCUUCUUUGGGGCUCCCCCCGCUCCACCUCCCUCGCAGCCGCAGCACCCGCCGGGCCCCGGAUCCCACCUCCAGAGCCUGCGGCCCCAGCCCCAGAUGUUCCGGCCGGACACAACCCACUUGCACCCCCAGCACCGCCGGCUCCUUCACCAACGGCAACAGCAGAACCGAAACCAGCACCGGAGCCUCAACGGCUCGGUGGGGGACCGAGGGGGCCACCGGAGCAGCCACCAGGAGCAGAUGCGCAAAGACCCCUACGCCAACCUCAUGCUGCAGCGGGAGAAGGACUGGGUGUCCAAGAUCCAGAUGAUGCAGCUGCAGAGCACUGAUCCCUACCUGGAUGAUUAUUACUACCAGAAUUACUUCCAGAAGCUGGAAAAGUUGUCAGCAGCGGAGGAAGUCCACGGUGAUGGUCCCAAGAAGGAACGCACUAAACUCAUCACGCCUCAGGUGGCGAAGCUGGAGCACGCCUACAAGCCAGUGCAGUUUGAGGGCUCGCUGGGGAAACUCACGGUCUCCAGUGUGAACAACCCCCGGAAGAUGAUCGACGCGGUGGUGACCUCCCGCAGCGAGGAUGACGAGACGAAGGAGAAGCAGGUUCGAGACAAGAGGCGCCAGACCCUUGUCACGAUUGAGAAGACGUACAGCCUCCUCCUGGACGUGGAGGACUACGAGAGACGCUACCUCCUGAGCCUGGAGGGCGAGCGGCCGGCCCUGAUGGGCGAGAGGAAGCAGAAGAUCUGUGAUAUGUAUGACAAUCUGAGGGGGAAGGCACCUGGGCAGGAGAGGCUGAGCGACGACCACUUCAUGCAGAUCAUGUGCAUCCGGAAAGGGAAGCGUCUCGUUGCCCGGAUCCUCCCCUUCUUGUCACCCGAGCAAGCGGCCGAUGUACUCAUGGCGACGGCCAGAAACCUGCCCUUCCUCAUCAAGAAGGAUGCUCAGGACGAGGUGCUGCCCUGCCUGUUGAGGCCCUUCUCGCACGUUCUCUACCACCUUCCCUUGGGGACGGUCACCAGCCUUGUGCAGCAGCUAACGAACCUACCUCAGAGCGCGACCGCGUCGGCGCCCACCAACCUGCACCUCACUGCUGUGCUCCAAAACAAGUUCGGCCUGUCCCUGCUGUACUUGAUCUUGAGCCGCGGGGAGGAAUUGCAGAGCUCGGACGCCAACACGGAGCUAAUGCAGGACAACCAGUGGACGGAGCUGAUGCUCGUGGCAACCCGGGAGCUCCUGCGGAUCCCUCAGGCGGCUUUGGCCAAACCGGUGUCCACCCCCUCGAACCUGAUCUCCCUCUUCUCUCGCUAUGUCGACCAGCAGAAGCUGAACCUGCUGGAGACGAAAUUGCACUUAGUGCACGGGAUCCGGUAGGAGGGCUCCUCGCUGGCACCGGAGUGUUCCCAGAGGAUGGAUGGAUGGACGGAUGGAUGGAGGGCAGGCGGUUCCUUCCCCCCCGAACACACACCCCACCCCACCCCCCUCCCCGACGCCCGGCCUGGCAGGAAGCGCGACUCCCACCCGUGAUCCUGGCUGGGGGGGGUGGGGGGGGCUCUUUUGGCUGCUCCCCGCCCUCCCCCACAAAAUGCUGCGUCUGCCUCCUGCGCCUGAACGCCCCCCAGCCCCCUCCGCUCCCCCCACAACGGCUGCUGCUUCUCCCCCCACACACACACGCACACUACUGAGCAAGGCGAGCGCCCCGCUGGCCCUGGAAAGGGGGGGCUGCAGGGCUGGGAGAAACCCCCCUGCUUCAUUUAUGGGGUGGUAGGUUGCCCCCCCCCCCCCCCCCCCCCCCCCCCCCGGGUCCUUCCCCAGCCCCCAUCAAGCACUGAGGUCCCGUCCCUGCCCUUCCCCGGCCGUACACACGAGCGUGAGUGCACGCGCACACAGUUUUAUCUUUUUUUUUUUAAUUUUUUUUGCACACUUGCCUUGUCUUCCCGCCAGUCGGCUCCUUUCCUCGCCUGCACCCCCACCUUCCGCUCCCCAGCAGCUCCGUGCUCUGCCCUCCCAAUAAUCCAGGGGGAUUCUGCUGUUCUGCUCCUCGGGAAUGCGGUGGGGUUGGAAUUUUACCUUUUUUUUUUUUUGGCUUUUAAAAAAAAAAAAAAACAAAGAGAUUUGCACAUGUAGGUAUUUUACAACCAGUAACUCCUCCCUGGCAUUAACCGGCUCUGCUCCCCAGCCCCCCCCCACUUUUCUCGGCCUGAUCAAGUGGAAAGUUCAUUUAUUAUUUUUUUUUUCUUUGUGCUUCCUCCCCCCCCUUUUUUUUCUUUUGGUUUUUUUUUUUUCUUUUGGUUUUUUUGAUUUCUGGUUAAUGAAAAUAAAGUUUCUAAAUUUACAUUUUUAUAGGGUAUUGUAAAUAAAGAUGAAUUGUAUACUGC